UCUGCUCUCCAUCCGCGCAUCUCUCUGUCUCUUGCCGCUGCGCUCUCACCUUCCUUCGUCCCCCGUUUACACUCUGUUGGAAUAAUCUUCUGUCAGUUCUCCGGAUUGUACGAUGAAAACCAGAUCUCUCAUCAUUUUCCACACCUGCUACUUUCUGUGUUUUCUUCUGUCGGGGAUUUGUGGCUCUGAGGCCGAGCACAGGCUGUUCUCAGUCAUCUUCUCCAGUUAUAACCAGUACAUCAGACCAGUGGAGAACGUGUCUGACCCUGUCAUCGUCCAGUUUGAAGUGUCCAUGUCACAGCUCGUCAAAGUGGAUGAGGUGAACCAGAUUAUGGAGACCAAUCUUUGGCUGCGACAUAUUUGGAAUGAUUAUAAGCUCAGAUGGGAUCCCAAGGAUUUUGGAGGUGUUGAGUUUAUCCGUGUGCCCUCCAACAAGAUUUGGAAGCCAGACAUUGUGUUGUACAACAAUGCAGUCGGAGAUUUUCAGGUGGACGACAAAACAAAAGCUCUUCUACGCUACAAUGGAGACGUAACCUGGAUCCCACCGGCCAUCUUCAAGAGCUCCUGCAAGAUCGAUGUCACAUACUUCCCUUUCGACUACCAGAACUGCACCAUGAAGUUUGGCUCCUGGACCUACGACAAAGCCAAAAUCGACCUGGUGCUGAUCGGCUCCACCAUCAAUCUGAAGGAUUUCUGGGAAAGCGGCGAGUGGACGAUUAUCGACGCUCCCGGAUACAAGCACGACAUCAAGUACAACUGCUGCGAGGAGAUCUACACGGACAUCACAUACUCACUCUACAUUCGCCGCCUGCCUCUCUUCUACACCAUCAACAUGAUCAUUCCCUGUCUGCUCAUCUCCUUCCUAACUGUUCUGGUGUUCUACCUCCCGUCCGACUGUGGUGAGAAGGUGACGUUGUGUAUUUCUGUUCUCCUCUCCCUCACAGUGUUCCUUCUGGUCAUCACCGAAACCAUCCCGUCAACGUCUCUCGUCAUUCCUUUGAUCGGAGAAUACCUUCUUUUCACCAUGAUAUUUGUCACUCUGUCCAUUGUGAUCACAGUCUUCGUGCUCAAUGUGCAUUACCGCACACCUAAGACACACACCAUGCCCGUUUGGGUGCGGCACAUCUUCCUCAGUUUGCUCCCUCGGGUCAUGUUUAUGACUCGGCCUGAGAAAGACCUUGAGAGAAAGACAGGAGGCCCUGCGAGAUCUUGCGCUCUUCACACUCCAGGUCUGGUUUCCACCCAACAGACAAAUCUGUCACGCCGGCCUCAUCUGCUCCUGUGCACCACUGAGCUCAACAACCUGAGCGAGGCAUCCAAGACAGCACCCGGCUUUCUGUGUCAAGAGGGCAGAUGUACGUGCUGCUGGAAGCAACACGGCACCAACAUCUCCAACGAAGGAGCAGAAGAUGGAGGAGGAGGAGGGAGUCCAUGCUCUAGCUCUGAGUCUUUGGAUGCAGGCUUUCUGUGCAUGUCAGCUCUCUCUCCACAAGUCAGAGAUGCCAUAGAGAGCGUGAAGUACAUUGCUGAAAACAUGAGGUUACAAAAUGAGGCCAAGGAGGUCCAGGAUGACUGGAAGUAUGUAGCCAUGGUGAUUGACAGGAUCUUCCUGUGGGUGUUUGUCCUUGUGUGCAUUCUGGGUACGGCUGGACUCUUCCUGCAGCCACUUCUGAUGGGCGAGGACAUGUGAUGCCUUUACAUGCACUUUAUAUCUGAACAUUUUAAUAGUCUGAAUCUAAUUUUCAGCAAUCCUAGAUUAGCAUUUUUAUCUGUUUAUAUUGUGUUUAGUUUAGAGGUCAGCUUACAGGUUGGUUGACUUCGGGACCUUUAAGAGAUCAAAUGGAAUCGAAUUUCAAGUACCCACCCAACGGCUUACUGUUCUCCUUUGUCAAUUCCUAUUUCCAUCAAAGUCAUGCAACCUAGUUACAUUAUAUAAGUCAAAAAAUAUUUGGCCAAUGACUGGACAGAAUUUUUGGCAUGUAGAUGGAGUAUAGUAGGCUUGUGCUACUAUCUUAAAGGAAUAGUUCACUCAAAAAAAAAAAAAAAGAA